UUUAAUACUACUCGUGCAGGUGACAGAAAGAAAUAUCUUGAUACACCUGUCAAAAUGUUCCUCUUACUUGCAUUCUGUGUAUUACCAUGGGACAUUGUACAAGCAAAUCUUGACAUAAUAUUUGAUGACGCCGAAUGUCCAAUCACUGAUGAUGAGUACGUAAAACACGACUCAUGUCACCUUGAAGUGAAUGACGAUAGCGAAUAUGGGACCAGUUUAUCCACAUAUUUUGAAAUCAUCAAAGACUUUCCCGAUGAUGUCAGAGUUGCGGCCAAAAUUUAUGGAAUUCACAUGGGCGAGUACACGAAUGAUAUUGGACUUCACGUAGAAACGAACUUUUGCGAAGUGGCAAAAGAAGCUCACACUAUAGCAGCCCCGAUGAUAAAAGCGGUCGGCAUGACUUCUGAUAACUGUCCUCCAAAAGCGGGAAUCUAUGGAACAGAACACUUUGUUGUUAAUGACGAAGACGGUUUGCCAGAGACAUUUCCUAUCGGAAAAUAUUUAAUAAAUUUUACGCUCCUGAACGACGCAAUUAUAUUUGCCAAUUUUGAAAUUUAUAUAACAGUAGUGUAAAUAAUUUUGUAACGAUGCACUAAUCUAAAAUUUCUACUAAUUAUUCACAUAUAUACGUUCACCGAAAAUCUUAAAACUAAAAAAUAAUUUGCAAGAUAUUAAAUCGUUGUAAUUUUCUUUUUCCAAAAAUUAUUCCUAUUUUUUUUUUUUGUUAAUACAGUGUAUAAAAACAUAACAAAAAAGGGAAUUACCGCAAUCAUUUCCUUGAUAGUGAAAAUAUUUAAAGUAAAAAGAGAUUGUUAUAGAAAAUUUACAGAAGUGUGUAGGUUUUAUCCGAAUUAAAAAUUUAUUUCGUGCAAUUAGAGAUGAUUCGAUAAAAU